AUGAAGGGAAACGGCGCCCUUUUGCUGGUGUCCCUUACCCUGCUAUGUGUCUGUGGGCUGGCAACAGGAGAGGAGGACAAAAGCGAGUUCUUCAUGGAGUUCCUGCAAACGCUGCUGGUGGGAACCCCAGAAGAGCUCUAUGAAGGGCCCCUGGGCAAAUAUGAGGUCAGCGAUAUUGCCAAAGCAGCGCUGGAAGAGCUGAAGUCCUGCAUUGAUAACCUGCAGCCCAAGCACAAGGAGGGGCUUGUUUCACUGCUGAUGCAAGUGCUGGACAGUCCAGAAGACUCCUAAAUGGGCCUCAGCCACGGCUUCCAAGAGGCUCAGGACCAGUCACACAAGCAGUCUGGAUAUGCUGUGCACCACCGCUUCCUCAUGAGUAAAUUUAUCCUCAAACCAUUCGAUCAAUAAAGCCUGC